AUGGACACACGAUCACCACCAAAGGAUCUCAGCCAUCAUUUGAGUCGCGCCACCAAGUCGAGGAAAGAGAGCUCCAUCAAGAGUUUCUACAAAUACUUCCAGAUCCCCGGUAUUGGCCAGCUCGCGGGCGGCUUGCCCAACAAGUACUACUUCCCUUACGACACUCUCGAAGCCAAAGUCGCCCGCCCCGACAGAUGGCAACCUACUGGAAACCGCCCAGUCGAUCCUCCUACAGACGAUGAAGCAUUAUGCGCCCUGUCGCUCAGAGACGACAAGACCAAGACAGCCAGCGGCCCCCUCAACCAGCCCGAAGACCAGAUCGUCGUUCCACAUACCUCCAAACAGACCAACCCGACCAAGAAGAUCGACCUCUCCGUCGCCCUGCAAUAUGGAACCGCGCAAGGUUUCCCUCCCCUCUACUACUUCGUCCGCGAAUUCACCCGGGAGAACCUGCAUCCCAAUUGCCCCUACAAGGGCGGUCCAGAGGUCAUGUUGAGUUGCGGUAACACGGAUGGACUCGCCAAGGUGCUGCUGGCCAUGAGCAAUGAGUGGAGCGAAGAGAAGGAUUGGAUUCGGGAUAGAGAGGGCAUUCUGGUGGAACACUUUGCAUACAUGAAUGCCAUUCAGCAGGCACAUCCGCGAGGGUUGAAUGUGGUCCCUGUGGCCAUUGACGAUGAGGGCAUGGUGACGGAAGGCCCGGGCGGCUUGAAAGACGUGUUGAAGAAUUGGGACUACAAUAAGGGCAAGUUGCCGCAUUUGAUGUACACCGUGACGUGAGUGUUGCUUGCGGAGCCCCUCUUGAUGCAUGUGGUUGCUGACUAUCCACAGCAUGGGCCAGAACCCCACUUCCGGUGUCCUUUCCCUGCAGCGUCGCAGAGAUAUUUACGACUUGUGCUGCAAGUAUGAUAUUAUCAUUGUUGAGGAUGAUCCGUACUGGUAUCUGCAAUUCCCGAGUGCCACCGCUGUCAACACCACCACGACCUCGCACCCAGAGAACACCUCCUUUAACCCUGAAGUCCGAAUGUUCGCGAACGGAGAGGCGCACCCUGAUGGCUGGAAGAGCAGCGGGUACGAUUUCCUCGACAGUCUAGUGCCCAGCUCCAUCAAUAUCGACACCGAAGGCAGGGUCAUCAGACUUGACACUUUCUCCAAGACCGUGGCGCCAGGUUGUAGAUUGGGUUGGAUCACAGCACAACCCGCUUUCAUCGAGCGCCUGUUGCGGAUUUCCGAGACGACGACCCAGGCACCGUCCGGAUUCGUCCAGUCUCUCGUCGCAGAGCUUGUCCUUGGCCCUGACCACGAGGGUCUAAACGAUGCCAAGGCGAUGUUGAAAGACGGAAAGGGUGGGCUGCCGAGUGGUAAAGGCUGGAAAGCCGAUGGCUGGGUUCGUUGGCUCGAAGGUCUUCGUGGUAAUUACGAACGUCGGAUGAACCAGAUGGCGCGUAUUCUGGAAUUGAAGCAGUCUCAGGUCAAGGCCGGUCGGAGGAACAGCCUCGAUGCGGAAACGGAAGAUGCUGAAGACGAAUGGUCGGUGGUGGAGAAGGUGCAGAUGCAUUCCUUCGUCUGGCCGGUGGGAGGCAUGUUCCUGUGGAUCAAGAUCCAUUUCGAGAACCACCCGCUCUAUUCCACUUUCAAAAAGGCUUCUCCCGAUGGUCUGACGAGACUCUCCAAGGCCCUCUGGAUCUUCUGGACCACCAAGCCAUAUCUCGUCCUCGGAGCUCCGGGAACAAUGUUCAGCCCCACAGAAGAGAUCAAAGCCGCGGAAGGGUGGAAAUACUUCCGGUUGUGUUUUGCAGCAAUUGAUGAAGAAGAAUUGGGACCCGUAUCUCAUAGAUUCGCAGAUGGGAUUGCUGCUUUCUGGCGCAUCAAGGAUGAAAAGGUCAUCGAGAAGAUUCUCCAAGAGGAUGAGGCAGAGGCUAAAUCAGCGCACCUGACACAGAUGAUCGGGCCAUGUUAG